AUACAGUCCUCCAACACGCUCCACACAUCUCUAUUAGCCAUGGUUUCCCCACAUGUGUGACGGACUGUGUCGCAGGUAAACAGGCUCCCAGAAAAACUCAUCCUCUGCUGUUUGGUUCCGAGAUUCAAACAUGGCGUCUGCCGCGCUGAAGGUUGCAGGGAAAUGUCUCUCCACAUGUUCUCGUCUCUCUCUUCUGAGGGCACAUUCAACAACAGCAGCCCUCCGUCAGGGCGUACCUGGAGCUCUGUGGAAUCUUGGGCGACUGAACCACAUUGCCAUUGCUGUCCCAGAUAUGGAGAAGGCCACAGCUCUGUAUCGAGACGUGCUGGGGGCCACAGUGAGUGACAAAGUGCCCCUUCCGGAGCAUGGUGUCUACACAGUAUUUGUAGAGCUCAGUAACACUAAAUUGGAGCUGCUCCAUCCUUUGGGGGAGAAGAGUCCAAUUGCUGGAUUUUUACAGAAAAACAAGUCUGGAGGGAUGCACCACAUAUGUAUUGAGGUGGACGACAUUAACGCAGCAAUAGCCGACCUGAAAGCAAAGAACAUCAGAACUCUGUCAGCUGAACCUCGGAUAGGAGCUCAUGGGAAACCAGUGAUGUUUCUCCAUCCUAAAGACUGUGAUGGGGUGCUGGUGGAGCUGGAGGAGGCAUGAAGAACAUCCGUCUGACUGGAACUGUCACCUUCUUAAUUAACUUUCAUAUGAUCCACAGUCAGUUUGAAAAACAUCAUGAUAACUUUAUUAUUGUUUUUUUUCUUUGUAGCACUUGGAUUUUGCUCUUCACAUUUCAAAAAGGUGCCUUUAAAGUCAUGUUUUAGGGCAAUUAUUUACUUUCCGUUGUGUUGGGAAUAAAUGACAGAGUUGUGUGAGUUUCA